CUGAAGCGGGGAUAGCCAGCGGCGAGGCAGGCCAGUGAGGAGGGAGUUGCAGUAGUCGAGUCGUGAUAUGAUGAGGGAGUGGAUGAGCUGUUUAGUGGUUUCUGGGGUUAGGAACGUGUGGAUUUUGGCGAUGUUGCGGAGGCGGAGUCUGCACGAGUUUGUUAAAGAUUGGACUUUGGGCUGGAAGGAUAGGUUGGAGUCCAGAAUGACACCAAGUACUCUGGCCUGCUGGGCGGGUUUUGAUGGUGGCGUCAUUGGACGUGAUGGAGAGGUCAAUGGGGGGGUGGGGUCCGGGCUGGGGGGGGAAGACAAGAAACUCGGUUUUGGAAGGGUUCAGUUUAAGGAAGUGGAGCGACAUCCAAUCUGAUAUGUCGCUCAGUAGGUGUAUAUAUCG